AUGGUCGCCUUCCAAGCCCCACCUGGCGCGGCAGGAGCAGCGUGGUGGGCCGUGCUCUGGCUGGGCGCCGCGUGCCAGGUGGGCCAGGGGGUGGCGGAGGGGGCCGCGGGGGCCGGCUCCAGUGGCUCCGGAGGCUCCACGCCCAACGAGGAGUGCCAGGUGACGCCCGUCAUCCACGUGCUGCAGUACCCGGGCUGCGUGCCCAAGCCCAUCCCGUCCUUCGCGUGCACGGGCCGCUGCUCCAGCUACCUCCAGGUGUCCGGCUCCAAGAUCUGGCAGAUGGAGCGGUCCUGCAUGUGCUGCCAGGAGAGCGGAGAGCGCGAGGCCAGCGUCUCCCUGUUCUGCCCCAAGGCCAAGCCCGGCGAGCGCAAGUUCCGGAAGGUGUCCACCAAAGCCCCCCUGGAGUGCAUGUGCCGGCCCUGCACUGGCGUGGAGGAGAGCGCCAUUGUCCCUCAAGAAAUCGCCGGCUACGCAGACGAAGGACCCCUUAGUCACCACUUCAGGACUUCACAGUGAUCUUUACGGCCCUCGGCGAGUGUGUGGACGAAGUGGUUGGUUGCCUCCUCUUUUCUUGAGAUGUUCAAGCAUAGUGCCGUGUUUAUACUGUUUUUCUUGCUACUGGGACUCUAUGAAGGUGAGCUUGAACUUUUGGUAAAAUGUCUGCUUAAGGAAUUGGCCACCUAUCAAUGACAUCUGAAGGAUUUAUUGUAACAUAAGUAGGUUGCGAGUCUUCAAAUUUAUGUAUUGUAUCCCAGCUCAGGAGGUACGUCACUGAACUGUAAAACCCAUGAUAAUUUCAAAGUGAAAUAAAUAUGGCGA